AUGACGACCAUCCUGGACAUUCCUGGCAGCAACNCCCCAAACCCGUUUUCGUCCCUCUUUGACUCAAUCUGUGCCUCUUCUUCUUCAGCCGUAGCUUUGCACGACUCGGCUGCCCUUGUUGUCGCCACUGUCACCGCUUCUCCCGAUCCAAACACCAAGCUGUACGAACUCUGGGAUGCCUUUUUCACCACCGUCGUCACUCGUCCAGAAUCACAUUCUGCCCUUUUGUGUUUUCUCGACGCUCUGACGGCUCAACCGCCUACUCAGCCUGACCAUGUUCGUCCUGGCUCCCAAGCGCAAUCCUACCUCAAUAGUCACCUCCAGUCAGAUGGCAAGCUCCACUGGUUUUUACUCCCUCGUUACCACGAUCAAUGGCGCGACACGCAUGAUAUUCUCGAGGCCUGGCGUGAUUGGGAUGGCGUGCGUGCGUCUGGCUCUCAAGGUCUAGAGUGCUCCGUUGCUGUGUAUCAUCUCCGCUUCUGUGAAUACUCUGCUGCAGGUCUGAAGGCUGCAAAGUACAAUGAGAGUUUUGGUUCACUGUUCAUUUGGGUCUUUUACGCUUGUCGAAACGUGUUUGAGCGUAGGGAGGCUGAGCCUCGUCAGCCCAAGCCGCAUAGGAUGGCGUCCGAUGCGGUAUGGGAGCUUGAUGUUCGCGUUGCAGCUACCUGGCUAAGAGACGGAGCCCGAAGUCUUUGGGAGACAGACGUUGCAACACUGCGUGAGCACUGGGCAGCAGCGAUAGACGACGAAACGGAGUUAUGGCCCAACAAGCAAGGUUUAACCAGAGAAAGGUGGCGCCUUUGGGAGGAUAGACUGCGCGAUCUUGCCGCAGAUCGCGAGCAUUUCGAUGAAGCANAAAGAACGGUCAUCUGUGAAGCUGCUGAUGUCGUUCAGCAGCUUUUGCAAUCGAGCUAG